UGUGGAAAAAAGAAGGGAGAGGGUGUACCACGAAUAGGUGUUAGUGGAAACAGCGUCAGCACCGACAGAGAAGACAGCAUUCUAUUUUUAGGGAGUCUGGUAUGUGCACAGAGGCCUCUCGAAGGAUUUCAGAACAACAAAUAACAUACCAUGGUCACCCCGGUCUCUAUAAACAUCCACCUGACAAACUCAGAAAGUGAAGAACUUUCAGAAGUGAAGUGUUUAAGAAAACAGCGGGUCGUAGAUUGAAUUUUGAGGAUACACGGCUAAUUGCAGGAUUGUUUACAAUGUGCAUCAAAUCAGCUGAGACGAGCUUAGAUAGUUCAAUAUCAGACGUCCUGCACUAUAAAGACAAAGAAUUCAUCUCCACCCUCUCCCUGCAUUUGAACGACUUAAGGAAGGCACAUCUUCUCACUGACGUUAUCCUUUGCUCCGACGGCAAGGGGAUUCCAUGUCACCGGAAUAUUCUGGUGUCCAGCAGCCCUUACUUCUACGCCAUGUUUUGCAGCAGCUUCCUGGAGAGCCAGAAGCCCAAGAUUGAGCUGCAGGGUGUUCCUUACGACAUCCUCGUGAGUAUUGUGGACUACAUUUACACAGGGGCCAUCAGCAUUACCAUGGAGCUGGUUCUCCCUCUGAUGCAAGCUGCCUCCAUGCUUCAGUAUGGAAGAUUACUUGAGGCCUGCUCGACGUUCCUUCAAGCUCAGCUCAGUCCAGACAACUGCCUGAGCAUGAUCCGUCUCUCAGAAAUCCUGCAUUGCUCCAGCUUGCAGGAAAAAGCCAGAGAGGUGGCCAUGAGGAGCUUCUCGGAUGUGGUGGUCUCCGAGGACUUCUGUGAACUCUCUCUACCUGAACUGCUGAGCUACCUCGAAGACGAUAGAUUAUGCAUUGAAGAGGAGCAGGUAUUCGAGACUCUUUUAGCUUGGAUCCACCAUGAGCCAUUUUCCAGACGCGGAACCAUCCACGACUUGUUCCGUCGCGUGAGGCUGAGAUACAUCCAUCCUUCCUACCUCUUCCAGUUUAUAGCCAACGACCCUCUUGUUCAGUCCUCUUCACUGUGCUUAGAAAUAAUCGAAUCCGUUCGUCGUCUUCUCUUUUCUGUUGGAACUCUGUGUCCCGGUGACCUGGAGCCUCUCUGGGCAGCACCGCGGCGUCAGAACUGUAAGGAGGCGCUUGUAGUGGUGGGAGGCCGCAAGAACGGAGAGCAGACGUCUCGUGAGGCAUUGCUCUACGAUGAGCAGACCCGGCGCUGGCAGUUGCUGGCGAAAAUUCCACUGAGACUCUACCGACCCUCUUACAUCAGCAUGCACAGCAUCCUUUAUGUGCUGGGGGGCUUAACCAUGAGAGCAGGAGGGGAGUGCACACCCAGCAACACCGUGUACACACUUUCUCUUAAAACAAACCAGUGGAGAAUGGGAGAACCUAUGCUGGCGCCUCGGUAUGCCCAUCAGAGCAUUUCGAAUCUGCAUUUUAUUUUCGUACUGGGUGGAUUGACAGCUGACCAUCAGCUAUCCAAUCAGGUCGAGCGAUACGACACCAUGUUCAACCGGUGGGAAGUCAUGGCACCUAUGCCCACACCGGUUCUACACCCAGCUGUGGCAGCACAUGACCAGAGGAUAUAUGUGUUUGGAGGGGAAGACGCUAUGCAGAAUCCAGUUCGAAUGAUCCAGAUAUACCACAUCGGAAGAAAUCUGUGGUGUAGAAUGGAGACCAGAACAGUGAAGAAUGUUUGCGCACCUGCAGCGGUGAUCGAUGACAAAAUCUACAUUGUAGGCGGCUAUAUGAGACGAAUGGUAGCCUAUGAUGUUAAAAGCAACAGGUUUGAAAAAUGUGAGAAUAUGAAGUUGAGGAAGAUGCAUCACUCUGCUACUGUAGUGAAAAACAAGCUCUAUGUCACAGGGGGGCGGUUCAUUAAUAGCCAGGACAGUGUGGAAGACUCGGACAGUUUUGACUGCUAUGACCCAAAGACAGACUCAUGGGCGUCAAUGGGAACUUUACCAUUUAAGUUAUUUGACCAUGGCUCAGUACCCCUGGUCUAUCUCUCUGAUAAGUCUCUGCCUACAUAAAUGGAUUUAUCUUACUCAAUGUAGCUUAGUAACUUCAAACAAUCUGUAAGCACUAACAUUCAUGAGGAGAUAUUUAGAGGUAACGUUUACUGGUAACGUUUUUUUGCACAUAUUGCAUUUUAAAUUUGUUUGAAGUUGAUCUUAUUUAUUAUAUAAGAAAUUAUUUUAAGUACUUUACAAAUUUCAGAGUAGCACACCAAGUUAAAUGUUCUUUUAUUUAAGCACAUUCCUUCAUUUUGUACAUUUAUUUUGUGAUUUAUUUUCAAGUUACGUAGUGGAACAAUUUUAAAUGUCAAAUGACUAAAAUGUUUACUAUGAAAUGUUUUAAAUAAAUGAAAUUGUACUACCACAAUGGUAAAUUAAGAUUACUGCAUGGCAUGAUGACAGUUUAUAUAGACAGUUUCAUCGGACGCACGCGCUGGCCCGAAGUUAACUAUUAUAUUGAAUUUAUAUUAAUACUUUAUUGUGUAUUGUAAUGAAUUACAUUAAAACUACUCAAGAGUUAUUGAUUCUUUGCAGAUGUCUUUCGGAAGUUAAGUUUGGUCCACGUAACGUUUGUUUAUGUUGUUGCUGCUGAAACCGUCUAUUUUUGUACAUUUAAUUGUAUUCUACUGUAUAAGUUGCUUAAAGCUUCAAUAAAAUAUGUGACCCUGGACAACAAAACCAGUCUUAUGGGCAAUUUUUUUUAAAUUGAGAUUUUUACAUCAUAUGAAAAUAUAAAUACAUUUUCUAUUGAUAUAUGGAUUGUUAGGAUGGGACAAUAUGGCGGAGAUACAGCAGUUUAAAACUCUGGAAUCUGAGGGUGCAAAAAAAUCGAAAUAUUGAGAAGAUUGCCUUUGAAGUUGUUAAGCAGAGGCUCUGUAGCAGGCCAUCCACUCACAAAAAUACAGUUUUUAUAUAUUUAGGGAAGGAAAUUUUCAAAAUAUCUUCAUGGAACAUGAUCUUUACUUAAUAUCCUAAUGAUUUUUGACAUAAAAGAAAAAUCGGUAAUUUUUAGUGAGGCUUUUGCUAAAAAUGUUCCCGUACCUAAGACUGGUUUUGUGA